GGCAUUCUCAUAACGAACAGUUGCUCUAUACAGCAGGUCACCUACUCUGGAAGCCCCAGACUAAUCGCUUCCAUGACCUUUGGUGGUCCACCAAUCCUAGGCGGUCCUGCACGCUCCGAAGGUAACGGACUUAGCUGCGCUACCACCAAUGCUAUUAGCAACCAUGCUACUGCAUCUGCCGAUCGUGGGCUUGAGAAGGACAGCCUUGUGUUGGACAUGAUUAACCAACUGCAGACGGAUCUGGUACACUCUCGAAUGCGAGAGGCUGAGAUGGCCGAGGCCCUACGGAGUGUCAAGGAGCGCCUGCGCCAAUUAGACGAGGUAAGCUGGUAG